AUGGAGAGGGCUGUUGCUCACCACCUCAACCUAUCCGCCACCGUAUGUCAUGUUGCGGGCAUUGAAGAUUGGCUUCACGGUAGCUUCAAUGUCUGUGUUCCAAUAGUCAUCGACACCUGGAAUAGAAAGCGAGUGCUUCUCCGAUUUCCAUUGCCAUACCGUGUCGGUGAGGCCUACAGGCCUGGAAAUGGUGAUGAGAAGAUUCGAUGUGAGGCAGGAACCUACGCAUGGCUCCAAGAGAAUUGUGCAGGAGUGCCAAUCCCACGAUUGUAUGGCUUUGCUUUGUCCUCUGGUGAAAGUUACACUCGAAUAGAAUAUUUGCCCUUCUUCCCUCGCUUCUUCCAGCUUAUGCGCCGUCAAAUCUUAUCGUGGCUGGGGAAACCAGUUCCUUCAAAUUAUUGCCCCCAUCAGAAUACAAGUCAGGUUUCCGACGAUGGAGUGGUGGGUGCCGGCUACAUUUUGGUGGAGUUCAUUGAGAGCACACGAGGAGCAAUGCUUUCCAACACAUGGAAAGAAGGUCAGCAUGAUCUCAAGCUGCGGACGAACCUUUUGCGUGAUCUAUCCCGAAUCUUUUUGGGUCUUUGUCGAAUUCCCUUACCGAGGAUUGGGUCGUUUAUCAUCAAUAAUGACGGGUUUUUGCAUCUGACGAACCGGCCACUUUCGGUUGAGAUGCAACAGUUAGAGAAUGAGGAAAUCUCAACUGAAAUUCCUCGCAACUAUACCUAUUCGACUGUUGACUCCUACGUGAUCGAUAUACUGGGCAUGCAUGACAACCGUUUUCGGUAUCAACCUAAUGCUGUGAAUAACCUUGGAGACUGUGCUUAUCAACUGUCUGUGUUGACUGUGAUGCGAGCAAUUUUUCAGUCGAUUUUUACUCGGAGUUUCCGCAGAGGCCCGUUUGUAUUUGUAUUCACAGAUCUCCACCAGAGCAACAUUUUUGUUGACUCAGAAUGGCAUAUAGCAUGCCUCGUGGAUCUGGAAUGGGCCUGCACUCGACCAAUUGAGAUGGUAAGGCCUCCAUCUUGGCUAACAGACAAGGGUGUGGAUGAGUUGGUUCCAGCAGAAUACGAUGCUAUUCGCCGGCAAUUUGUGGAACUCCUAGCCGCUGAGGAGAAAGAGGUUGACUGCAGUACAUUGAACAAGAGUCAUGAUGAAUCCGCGCUGUUGUGUCUCUCAGACGUGAUGGACCGAACAUGGGAAACAGGAGCAUUUUGGUAUGCAAUGGCUCUUUCAAGUCCUUCCGGUUUGUUCACUAUUUUCAGCAAUCACAUCAGGCCCUUGUUUUGCAGGGACUACGAGGAGGAGUUUGGUGUGGUCAUGCCAUUUUUCUUUGAAAAGAACGUGGGGAAAAUUGCAGGUCGCAAGUUGACGGAUAAAGAGGAGUACGAUCGGCAACUUCGACAGGCCUUCGAAGACUGUUCAGACCAAGCCCACUAUGUUCAAUGA